AGUGAAGAGAGAUCCUGUUGCAACGGCUAUUUUGCUUCCUAUGAUGAGCAUUUGUAACUAUACUGGUGUACUCUACGCCACCAUAACUUCUCUUGGGCUUCCAUUCCAGUGGACCCCCCCAAACGUUUUCAUCAUGACCUAUUCUACUUUGUUUUUCUUUGUUAUUUGUCUUAUUAAAGAUAUUCCAGACGUCGAAGGUGACAGAAAGUAUAACAUUCAAACGUUUGCGGCAAAAUUCGGACCUAAAAAUGUUGCAUUUCUUGGAACGACCAUUAUGCUACUAACUUAUGCUGGUACUACAGUAGCUGCCAUUUACAUGUCUCAG